AUGGGGACCACUUCGGGUUUAGGCUUACAAUCCACCGCCGAAUCAGACUCUGAGUAUGUCCCUUCCAAUAUCGACGAGCCUACCUACCGUUCGGCAACGCCAACGAGGUACUCGGAGGCCAGGCUGACGGACCGUCUGUAUUCUGCCGAUGAUUUGUACACGAUUCGGCAAAGAGAAGAUGAGCCCUUGGGAGAAUAUGCUGCACGCUUCAGUCACGAGUACUCGAGGUGUCCGAAAACGGACGACAAAGCAGCCUAUGGCGCCUUCAAGAGUGGCCUUUGGUCCUCACACUUUCAGUACCUCAUGCACCAUAGCAACUGGGGCACUUAUGAUGAGCUGAUAAAGCAAGCGGCAAUUCAUGCUAAGGCCGAAUAUUUUAACUCAAAGUCCGGGCCUUCGGCUCGACAGGAAGAACCGGCGUUGAAGAGUUACCCCGGGCAAGAAUCUCCAUACGCCCCUAGAAGAGCUGGUGAAUCCUCGGCAAGGCACAAACAGAAAGAUGACCGAGACACUCGGCAGGGGCACUCAAAGAAAGAAAAAGGAAAAUACGAUCGCAACGACCACCGAGCGCCCUUACCGAAUUACGACCACGGUCAGGAAGUAUUCAACAUGCUGAAUACCACCUACGAGGCCAUUUUGAUGAACGAAAACGAGAUAAUACCCAAGCCGAACCAUCAAAAGCCCAAUCGGCAGGACAAUCAGCAUACUGGCAAAUUCUGUCGAUACCACCAGCAUAACAGUCAUAACACUGAGGAGUGCAUACGCCUGAGGAAAAUCAUCGAAUGUUUAAUUCGGGAAGGGAAGCUGGAUCAGUACAUCGCCAGAUCACCGCAGGCACCGGUCCUGAACCAGAAUUCGCAUAUUAAUAUGAUCAGCACCAUCAGUGGAGGUCCCACGCUGGCGGGGUGGGAACCCAUCACAUUUUGUGAAGACGAUGAAGAAGGGAUCAUUUACCCUCAUGAUGACCCGAUGAUUAUUCGAGCUGAAAUCGCUGACUACGAUAUAGGACGGGUACUGAUCGACACUGGAAGUUCGGUAAAUGUAAUUUUUGCCGAUACUUUCAGAGGAAUGGGAAUAGCCGAUAGCUAA